AUGUCGGCGGCCGCUGAUCCGAGCGCGCCGAACCUCAAUCUCUCACCCGAAGAGAAGCGCAUCUACGGCCAGCUCUUCCGCCAAGCCGAUACCGAUGGCGUGGGCGUUGUCACCGGCGAGAUAGCCGUCAAGUUUUUCGAGAAGACGCGGCUGGAUUCACGUAUACUGGGAGAGAUAUGGCAGAUUGCCGACAAGGAGAACCGCGGCUUCCUCACUCCCGCUGGCUUCGGCAUCGUACUUCGCCUCAUCGGUCAUGCUCAGGCCGGACGAGAGCCAACCCCCGAGCUGGCUCUCCAGCAAGGGCCCAUCCCCCGCUUCGAAGGCAUCUGGCCAGCUGCUGCCACCUCUCCGGCGCAGGCGCAAACGCCCAUCCAGCCCCAAGUCUCUGGCGGCGUUCGCGUUCCUCCCCUGACUCCCGACAAGGUUGCACAGUAUGCCGCCUUGUUUGAGCGCCAGAACCUGCAAGCGAACAUGCUGCCGGGCGAUCAGGCCAGGUCCAUCUUCGACAAGUCCGGCUUGCCCAACGAGACUCUCGGCAGGAUAUGGGGAUUGGCCGAUACCGAACAACGGGGCGCUCUCGCCCUGCCCGAAUUCAUCAUCGCCAUGCACCUGCUUACGUCCAUGAAGACUGGCGCUCUCCGCGCACUGCCCAACGUUCUACCUGCUGGAUUGUAUGAGGCGGCGACGCGCAGCUCAGCGGCUGCUCCUAGACAGUCGCCAAGCAACACUGGUGGCAUUACUGCUAUCCCCCGGCAGCUGAGUGGCUCGACUCAGCAGCAGAGGACAGGAAGCCCGCUCAAUCGCCCGCCGAUAGUCGCUGCUCAGGUUACUGGACCCCCCGCGCCAGCUGGUGGUGAAUGGGCCAUUACUCCGGCCGACAAGGCGAGAUUUGACCAGAUUUACCUCGAUUUCGACAAGACAAAUAAGGGCUUCAUCACCGGUGAGGAAGCCGUGCCCUUCCUCAGUCAGUCAAACCUCCCCGAGGACACGCUCGCCCAGAUUUGGGACCUAGCGGAUUUUGGUUCUCAGGGACGAUUGACUCGCGAUGGCUUUGCCGUUGCCAUGUACUUGAUCCGUCAGCAGCGUAGCAACCGGGCAACUCCCUUGCCCAGCACUCUGCCCACAGCUCUGGUGCCGCCGCACCUGCGAACUCAGAGCCGCCCUGCUACUGCAGUUUCAUCGGCCUUUGAUCCCGCACCAGCUCUCACACAAACCGCUCCGCUACCCCCCGUAGCUGCCUCUGCACCGCCGGCGCCCAAGUCUGCUCUCGAGGACUUGUUUGGCCUUGAUUCUUCCACUCCUAGCCCGGCGCCCCCGGCCCCGGCGCAGACCACAAUGUCCACGGGAGGCUCAAAUGCUGAUCCAUUUGCCGGUGGCAUCAGCGUGCUCCACACAGCAUCUUCCCCUGGCAAGCCGUCAUCCCCCGUAGGUGUGACGUUUAGGCCAUUCGUGCCAUCCUCCUCCUUUGGUCGUGGCUUGGCUGGCCACCCUGGAGCUGAGGCUGCUCGACCGCAUACUGCUUCAGAGGAUCUCCUUGGUGAUACUGAUCCUGAAGCAAACAAGAACAUCUCUGACGAGACUACUGAGCUGGCCAAUCUGUCAAAUCAGAUCGGCUCUCUGACCAAGCAGACGCAAGAGGUUCAAACUAAGAGGGCCACGACUCAGCACGAACUGAGCCAGACUAACUCCCAGAAGCAAAACUUUGAACAACGACUGGCACAGCUGCGGCAACAAUAUGAAAAAGAGGCUCAAGAUACACAUGCUCUGGAAGAGAAGCUAAGAAACUCGCGGGCCGAUACUAAGAAGUUGCAGGGAGAUUGCAUGAACCUGGAAGGACAGCUGCGAGACAUCCAGGGCCAGCACCAGCAGGUCCUGGCUGCCCUCCAGGCUGACCAGCAGGAGAACGCCAACCUGAGAGAGCGCAUUCGUCAGGCGAACGCCGAGAUCGCCGAGCUCAAGCCUCAGGUUGAAAAGCUCAAGCUGGACGCCAGGCAGCAGAAGGGUCUCGUUGCAAUUAACAAGAAGCAGUUAUCCACCACUGAGGGAGAGCGCGACAAGCUCAAGGCGGAGGCCGAAUCUCUGGCCAAGAGCGCCGAAGACAUCUCUCGCCAGAUAGAGACGGGCUCGCCCGUGUCUACCUCGGCGCAGAUGGCCAGCCCUGCGCUUUCGACCUCUAGCGGUAACAACCCCUUCUUCAAGCGGUCCGCCAGCACAGACAUCAUGGGCGUCUUUGGACCGCCGCCCCCGAACAGGGCCUUCUCCGACAGGUCCUUCGACGAUUUGUUUGGCCCCGGCCCCAUCAGCUCCAGCGGCACUCCCCCGCCAGUUGCAGCAUUCAAACAACAGAACACGGGGCAGUCAUCAGUUAGUGUUGGAUCCUUUUCUAACAACUCAGGGCCGACUCCCAAUGUCAGCCGCGUCCCAACGCUGAGUGCUGAACCUCCUGCGCCGCCAGAGUCCAGACAAUUAAGCUCGAGCUUCUUGCCGUUCCCCGAGCCUAACGAGUCACUGUCUUCGUCGCGACAAGUGUCUCCCCCUACCUCCUCACGUGCCGAAGGCUCGGCGUCCGGCUCAUUCCCCUUCCCCGGCGGUGUGGCAUCGGGCGCCGCAGAGGCCAAGGCCCCUGCGGCUGCCGCUUCCAGCGAAGAAGAGGAGAAACAUGAUAGCGCCAGCGCGACCCCUGUCCCGGCCGCUCAAGGCGAUAGCUCGCAGAAGCCCGCGGAGGGAGAAGCCCUAGAUCGAUCCGGCUCUUUUGACAAUACUGACCAUGCUAAGGCCAAGGCAGACUUUGACAAUGCAUUUGCCGCCUUCACCUCAGCCAAACCCCCCAGCAGCAGCGGCGCAGACAAGGGAACUGCUGCUGUAAAACCCCAUAGCGCCUUCGACAACGCCUUUGACACAGAGUUCCCGCCCAUUUCAGAGCUUGAGCGGGACGUGUCUGAGUCUGACAAGAACAAAGCCAAAGAGAAGCAGGUCGCUCUGGAGCCAACUCCGGAGUCUCACAAACCUGCUGCUGAAGCCUCCGACUUCAACGCCCCUUUGUCACCAUCUCAGGAUAUUACAGCCACCCACGAACCCGAAACUAAAAGCACGGAAUUACCCUCUUCUCCCGCCACGAUCACCAACAACCAUGCAACCACCUCUCCGACAUCCAACGCUGAUGACAUCUUUGGUUCCAGCACAAUACCAGCACCUGCUCAUCACAACCCACCCCCAGCUACCAAGGGCGCCUUUGAUGACCUCGACGAUGAUUUCGAGGGUCUAGAAGAUGCCAAGGAAGGUUCCGCGGAUGAUGACUUUGCCAACAUUUCUCGGUCUGGACUGGACGACUACAACCCCAUGUUUGACAGCAGCCCCCCAGCCAGCCAGGCCAAGAGCGAGUCUACAGCGUUUGGCAACGAGAGCAGCUUUGACUUCAUCUCAUCCAACUCAGCCACCAGCGCCCCUGGUCAAUCUACCAACGGACAGCAGUCUCACGACUGGGACGCCAUCUUCUCUACACUGGAUUCUCCCACUACCGCCCCAGCACAGCCUGUACACAGCAACAACACAGGCCCUGCAAAGGAAGAGACAGCCGAGUCUCGCCCCCCGGCUCCGGGACGUGCACUUACGGAAGCGGGAGAGCAUGAUGACCCUAUCCUCAAGAAUCUGACUAGCAUGGGAUACUCUCGUCCGGACGCUCUUGCUGCUCUCGAAAAAUAUGACUACAACUUGGAAAGAGCUGCCAACUUCCUCGCCAGCCAGUCUUAA